UGCUUAUCAUGCUUAUAAAGCUUGUCCACAUUCGUCCUAUUUUUCAGUUUCCGCUGAUUUCGUGUGGAAUAUAUAUCGUUGUGUUUAUACAUUUGUUUCAAUCUAUUAAAGUCACAUAAUAAAUUGUGUAAUAUACGAGAUAAUAACAAUGGCUAUAAAUGCUGCAAAAGCUGUACUUAAACAAGGAAAAACGGCAUUAUUUAUAUGCGAUGUUCAGGAAAAAUUUGUUAAGGCUAUACACGAAUUUGAUAAAAUUGUCCAAAAUUCAACAAAAUUGAUCAGUGCUUUGAAACUGUUGAAUGUGCCUAUGCUGGUUUCUGAACAAAAUCCAAAUUCUUUAGGGAAAACUAUACCUGAAUUUGAUAUCUCUGGAGCAAAAGGACCUUUUGCAAAGACUCAAUUUAGUAUGCUUACUCCUGAAAUUUGUAAGGAGCUUGAAACACUUUGUUUUGGAAAAAAACCAGAGUCCAUUAUACUCAUAGGCAUCGAAACACAUGUCUGCGUAGAAAAUACAGCUAUUGAUUUGAGACAAAAUGGUUACGAGGUUCAUACUGUUGCAGAUUGUUGUUCUUCACGUACUCAGGAAGAUAGAUUAUUAGCUUUAGAGAGAAUGCGAGACAUAGGAUGUCAUAUAUCUACUUCUGAGAAUGUUAUAUUUAAAGUUUUAAGAGAUGCAAAUCAUGAACAAUUCAAAAAUGUACUGGCUCUCAUUAAACCACCAACUCUAUACACAGGACUAGUUUCUACGUCAAAGAUAUAAAUGUUCUUAAAAAAUUCUCUACAUAUUAAUUAUUAUAUAUCAAUAUAUAUCAAUCAUAGAUCUUAUAUCAAUGUUUUAUAUAGUAUAGCUUUUUUCACAGUUGUUUUUAAUAUAUUUUAAUAGAAUAUAGUAAUUUUAAGCAAUUGUAAGCAAACAAAAAAAUAAAAUAUUUUAUCAAAAUA